AUGGCUCCUUCAACCGUGGCCCCUUCCGCAGGCUCCUCGACCUCGACCUCGACCUCGUACACGCUCUCCCCCCUCGCGUACGUCAAGCUGGUGCUGCACGCUUCAAAGUACACGUCCUGCUCGGUCUGUGGUCUCCUGGUCGGGUCCACCUCGUCCUCCACCUCGUCCUCCACCUCGUCCUCCACCUCGUCCGCGCUCACCACAAUAACCGAUAUCAUCCCUCUCUUGCACCAAUGGACAACCCUCUCCCCCAUGAUGGAAGCCGCUCUCCAAAUCGUAAGCUGCCCCUCCUUCCUCGCCGUGAAUCCCUUCCCUCCCCUAACUCGAAGCUCACCCCACAUCUCCUUCAACAUCCCCCCCCCCCCCCCCCCCUUUCCAUCACCCCAUCACCCAGGCCGACCUCCAUCUCCAAUCCAAGCGAACCGAAACGACCUUUGUCGGUCUCUACCUCGCCAACUCGCGUCUCUCGGACCUCUCGAUCCCACCGACCUUGCAACUCGUCGCCGACAAGUUGAGGUCACGCUUCUCGUCCGCCGUCGUCCUCGUCGUCAGUUCUCGAUGCUCGAGCGCAGAUUCGUCCGAGACGAGUUCUCUGAACGAUUCUCUCCUCUGGCACUUGCACAGGUCGACAACGAACGCUUGGACUCGACGACCCAACUACCGCUUCUCGUCAGUCCUUCACCUCUUUCCGGGCUUCGAGCUUCGAAACCCAACACCCCCUCACCCUCACUUAAAAAAAAACCCUAACUCUCUUCCUCUAUCCCUCUUCCCGACCAACAGGCUCACACCUAUUCCCCCUCCUCCAAAUCCUACACCCCUCUCCCCCAUCCUCCUCCUCCUCCUUGACCUUAUCCGAUCCCAGCAUCCUAUCCACGACCCUGACCCGCGUCCAACAGGGGGACUCGACCCUCAUCGGCGAUUUCGACGAUCAUCUCGCCGACCCCUCGGUCGAUUGGUUAACCAAUCCUCGGGUCAGUCUGUAG